ACGCUGGAUCCUUAACCCACAGUGUGAGGCCAGGGAUCAAACCCAUAAUCUCCUGGAUACUAGUUGGGUUCCUUACCACUGAACUACGGGGGAACUCCUGCACUGCAUCUUGGAAACCCUGUGUGGAUUUCACUCUGGUAGCCCCGGCUAGCUGUGGAUCAGUUACCUCUCCAGGGCUCCCUAGUCACACGUGACUGAUGGCUUCCGUGUAGGAUGGGGCUGGGCCGAGAGGAGGACAGGGCCUGGCGAUCUGGAUGGGCGGGGAUCGUGGGGGGUGGCGGGUGGGGGGCAGAUGCUGAGCUCCGCGGGGAUAAGGCCGCUAGCCGGGGGUGGCUGGAGUCGGGGACCGGGGACGCCGGGGACCGCGGCCUCGGCCUCAGCCCCCGCUGUCCUGCUCUGGCCCGCAGGGCGCGGAUGGCGUCAGGGCGCCCCGAGGAGCUGUGGGAGGCCGUGGUGGGGGCUGCCGAGCGCUUCCGGGCCCGGACCGGCACGGAGCUGGUGCUGCUGACGGCGGCGCCGCCCCCGCCGCCCCGCCCGGGGCCCUGCGCCUACGCGGCCCACGGUCGAGGGGCCCUGGCCGAGGCCGCCCGCCGCUGCCUCCACGACAUCGCCCUGGCCCACCGGGCAGCCGCCGCCGCCCGGCCUCCCGCGCCCCCACCAGCACCGCAGGCGCCCAGCCCCGCACGGAGCCCACCCCGGACUGCCCUGGCCCGGGAGGAGGAUGAGGAGGACGAGGACGAGCCAACAGAGACAGAGACCUCGGGGGAGCCGCUGGGCGUCAGCGAUAACGGAGGACUCUUUGUGAUGGACGAGGACGCCACGCUCCAGGACCUGCCCCCCUUCUGUGAGUCGGACCCUGAGAGCACAGACGAUGGCAGCCUGAGCGAGGAGACCCCUGCUGGCCCCGCAGCCUACUCAGUGCCCCCCGCCUCAGCCCUGCCCACACAGCAGUAUGCCAAGUCCCUGCCUGUCUCCGUGCCCGUGUGGGCCUUCAAGGAGAAGAGGACAGAAGCGCGGUCAUCUGAUGAGGAGAAUGGGCCGGUGAGGGGCAAAUGGGAGGCGGGAAGGAGGGGCUUGGGAAGCCACCUCCUCCAGGAAGCCCUUGGGAUGAGGAUGCCACGUGUCACAGGACCCAUCCUCCCCUCCACCUCAUAAGGCUGGUUCUUGGGCCGGAGCCCUGCAGUGUUAACCACCCACAGCCUUGUAAUGCAUCCCGGGCCCGUGCAGAGAAACAGCCUCUCCCUUCCAGGAAUAGUUCCAUUUAUAGAACAUCUGCUCUGGGCAAGGCACCAGUAUUUUGGUACCGGCUCCAGGCGGGGGAAGCUGGAGCACAGAGGGCUCAGAUAACCUUCCACCCCCACCCGUCUCCUCCCGGACUCUGUGCCGUCUCCUUUGUCCUCUGUGCCGUCUCCCUUGUCCUCAGUUGCUCCCGUAUCAUCCUGGGUGGGUCCUCACCUCCCAUCACUAAAGCUACUCGCAGCAGAGGGGAAACCGAGGCACAGCGUCCACAGGACUUCCCUGAGGCUCAGCCUGGAUGGGGCAGAGCUGGGAUUGGAACACAGCUUCCCUUUGGCGAAAAGCUAUGGACUUCGAGGCAGGAGGUCUUGUGUCCAUCCCAUCCCAUGGUUCCCCUCCCUGUGACACCUCUCAGUGUCCUCAUUUACAGACUGGCAGGGCCCAUCAUCAGCUGCUGUCCUUUUUUUUUUUUUUUUUUGUCUUUUCAGGGCUACACCUGUGGCAUAUGCGGCUAUUGGACCCAGGCUAGGGGUUGAAUCAGAGCUACAGCUUCCAGCCACAGCAGCGCCAGAUCCGAGCCACAUCUGCAACCUCCACCACAGCUCACAGCAACUCUGGAUCCUUAACCCACUGAGCAAGGUCAGGGAUUGAACCUGUGUCCUCAUGAAUACUAGUCAGAUUGAUUUCCACUGAGCCUCAAUGGGAACUCCCCGCUGCUGCCCUUCUUUGUCACUGGUGGAAACAGUUAUUUAACUGAACAUGUGAGUCCUGAGUACUGGGCCCCGGGCUGGCCUCUGAGAGGGCGCAGGUCUCGCUUCUGUCAUGGCCUCUCCCAUUCUGCUAGGAGUCAAGCCCAGCUCAGGGUGACAGCGGCCCUGAGGUGGUGCUAGGUGCCUGGGCUGCAGGCAGAAUGACAGGACCUCUCUGCUCUGAAGACUGACAUGGAGAGGGCUCCUUUCUGUACGCACUGGUGACAAGUCUUCACCUUUCUUGAGCAGUCGCUGUGCUGGUUAUGUCAGGCCGUCAUCAGCCCCAUUUAUCGGAGGGGAGACCAAAAGCUAGGGAGGAAAACCCCUGUUGCCAGUUAGUGGGUGACUGAACCCAGAUCCUUAGACAUGAGACCCUCUGGGUGCACAUGGCCUUGACGGUCAGCAGACCCGCAGCACCUCCUCUGCGUGGAAGAACCGUGGGGAGACAGGCAGCCGUGCUUGCUCAUGUCCAGGCCGAGGGGAGAGAGAGGAGAGGGGCGGGAAGGCUUCUUGGAGGAGGUAGAGUUUUGAGUUGGGCAGCAGAGCCCUAAAUGGUGGAGGACAGGGGGAAGGGCCUUUCUGGCUGUGGGCAUCGCUAGGAGAGGGUCUGGAGCCCAAGGAACCGGCCCUGACCCCAUCCGUGUCGUCAUUCCCACAGCCCUCCUCGCCGGACCUGGACCGUAUCGCGGCGAGCAUGCGCGCGCUGGUGCUGCGGGAGGCGGAGGACACUCAGGUCUUCGGGGACCUGCCGCGGCCACGGCUCAACACCAGUGACUUCCAGAAGCUGAAGCGGAAAUACUGAGGCCCAGGGAGGGAGCUUCCCGGCCCGGCGCCCGCCCCACCCAACACUACACCCCCGCCCCGCCUCCGGGACCUGCCAAUCCGAGUCAGAGCUAUGACCGGCCUCCCACGGUCCCUGGCCCCAGGAUUGACCCGUCCCUGGUCCCUGCGGAUCCCCACCGCCCUUCCGGCCCCCAGCCGCUCCAGCGCCUGUCCAGUUUCCCGAUUGGGUCUGUCUUCUCUCCGCCCAGCGACAGAUUCUUUCUAUUAAGGGAUUGGCGUGGUCCGGCAUCAGGGCGCGGCCAGUUGACUUAAUAGGUCAACUCUGUCGUUUUCUGCCUAGCAACAAGGGCUUUGCUCUCACGGCAUUGGCUCCGUUCCCGAAAGAGCACAGUCAAGCUGCAGGAUUGGGUAGUAGCCCUCCACUUCGCAUAGUGAAUGGGCAGUUCCUUCGUUUGAUUGGCUUGAACACUGUAAAGGGCUUGACCAACAUCCCAAGAGUCCUGUCCACCCCGAGUUACCCCACCUGAUUGGCUCCAGCCUCCUGGGGGCGUGGCCAAUCCCCUUUGCCCAGGAUUGGCCUGUGGCCUUACAUUUACAGUCUUUACACUACUGGGGCUGGGGUCGUUUUUUGGCUCAGUCCUGACAAUUGUCCCUCUGGCCCCCUCAAGGAUGGCCUAAUCCUGUUCCUGCGUCUGACACCCUCUCAUUGGUUUUAUCACAACUGCCUGCCAAUCAAAACCCGUCCUUGUGUCCAGGACGUUACCAGCUCCCGCCCCUCUCCCCCCACCCCCACAGGUGCCUUAAAGGGCCCUCGUCCACCCAAGGUGGAGGGCAGGGGGCCUCACUCUCCGGCCCUGGUGUGGGGGAGAGAAUGGGGGGUCGGGAUCAGGAGUUGAGAGGGGCGCUCCGAGAUUAAAGAGUUUUACCUCUGACAAAUGAC